AUGGAGAAAGCUGUUUCACGUGGUAUACUACUAGAAGCAUAUACCUGUGUGGUUGCUGAAUGGGGAUUUAUACCAGUUGUGAUUGAUUUACUGACAUCAAUGAAACAAGAAUAUUUAGCUAAUAUAAAAAUAUCAACAAAUAAAGAUACUGCAAAAUUAACAGCAACAGCAAUAAGUGCAUUAUGGUGGGGAGCAGGGAUGAGAUGUGAUAUUAUUUUAGAAGCAUGUGUAAGUAAUUAUUUAUUAGAUAUUGCCAUUUCAUUAUUGUUUAUUUACGCAACACCUUGA